UUGGCGGGGACACUCACCGAAAUAUGUUUUCCGCUUCUUAGUGUGUAUGCAUUGAUAGUUUACUAAAGUAUGCAUACAGAUUGGAUAGUAAGCUGUUGUGGUGUCUUUAAGAACCAAAUGAAGGGUUGACGCUCAUGAGCGGCCCCUCUGCGAGUCAAAGUUAUAUAAAGGGUCCGCGGGUGGCAGCCGGCGACACUCCUCGCCGCAGUCAUGUGGCGCCAACACCAACUUCUCUCGUGUCUCCUCCUGCUGUCCGCCGCCCUCCUUGUGGCUGGCAGCCUGCCGUCGCCCCUCCACCACCACCAGAGGGACAAGCGCGCCCUGCGCCUCAACGUGCCCUGCAUCGCCAACGGAGAGUUCUACCGCAACCCCUCAGCCAACCCUGAGAAGGUCUGGAGCCUCGGAGAGUGUUCCAAGUACUACCUUUGUCUCGACGAAGAGGUAUACGAGUUCAAGUGUUCCGUCGGGCUGCUGUUUGACAUCGCCCGUCAGAUCUGUGACUUCAAGUCCAAGGUGUUCAACUGCGACACACAUGUUCAGUUGACGACGCCCAGGCCGCUGCUGUCGACGGAGGAGCCCAUGUGUCCCUUCGGAGAGUACGCCUGCGGGGACCGGGAGUGUCUUCCAUCUGAACUCUUCUGUGAUGGCCAGGUUGACUGCAAGGACAGCUCUGACGAGGGCUGGUGUGAUGCGGAUAACGACCCGAAUGCGGCUCUGCGAUGUGACUACAGCAACUGUACCCUUCCUUGGUGCUUCUGCUCCCGUGAUGGUACCCUCAUACCAGGCAACAUGGAGCCCGCACAGGUUCCCCAGAUGGUGACACUGACGUUUGAUGACGCCAUCAACUACGAGAACUGGGACCUAUAUGCACAGCUAUUCAAUGGAGAGAGAACCAAUCCCAAUGGAUGUCCCAUCCACGCCACCUUCUAUGUCUCUCACGAGUACAACAACUACCAGUAUACUCAGAAGCUCUGGAACGAUGGUCACGAGAUUGCUGUCCACUCAAUCACACACAAGGGCCCAGAGAACUUCUGGACGAACAACGCCACCAUCGAGGACUGGUUUGACGAGUUUGUGGGCCAAGCCAACAUUAUCAACCGCUUCGGGGGCGUUCGCAUGGAGGACCUCUGGGGUGUUCGUGUGCCCUUCUUGCGUGUGGGAUGGAACAGACAGUUCAUCAUGAUGCGGGAGUUUGGCUUCAUCUAUGACUCUUCGAUGGCUGCGCCUUUCUCCAACCCUCCACUCUGGCCCUACACCCUCGACUACAAGAUGCCCCACAAGUGUAUGGGCACAAGCCAGCGCUGUCCCUCUAGAUCCUUUCCGGGCAUAUGGGAGAUGGUGCUCAAUCAACUUCAGGCAGGGGAGUACUACUGCGCUAUGAUGGAUCAGUGCCCACCGUCGACGGACGAGGAGGAUGUGUAUGAAAUGUUGAUGCAUAACUUCCGCCGACACUACAACACCAACAGGGCACCGCUUGGCCUCUACUUCCACACCAUCUGGUUCAAGACCAAGCACAACAUGAAGGCAAUGAAGCGAUUCCUGGACGAGUUGGUGAAGAUGCCUGAUGUGUGGGUGGUGAACAACCAGGAGGUGAUCAAGUGGAUGAGGGAACCCACACCAAACUCCCAGAUGGCCAGCUUCGAGCCCUGGAAGUGCCAGCAGGUGGUGCCGGCUGAGGACAAGGCGUGUAGCAUCCCUAAGUCUUGCAAGCUGAAGAACCGGAUGUUGCGAGGUGACCGUUAUCUCCACACAUGCUUCGAGUGCCCUGAUGUCUACCCGUGGCUCAAGAAUGAGUUUGGUAUUGACUUGUAAGAUAAGAUGACUUGAGGAAAAAUGGAAGCAAAAGAAGGGAAAAAGGUUCUCCGGGAGUUUACUCUGGGAGAAAACAGAAGAGUUGCAAGAUUUUUAUAGUGUACCUCCCUCCCACUCCAUUAUAGUUGAGGAAGACCAAAUUGUAGAACUGCAUGCCCACCAAGGGUGGUUUUGUUAGAUGAAAGUUAUCAUUUAUUCACAGUUGAAAAACUGUAAUUACUAGACAUCCCUUUUAUGAUGGUAGCAAAUGUGUUUGUACAGCUCGACACAGGCUGAUCCAAGCAAGAGAUUUAACAGUCCUAUGACAGGCUUACUGGUGGUGUUUUAAUAUCUGUUCGGAACCAUCACUUGUCAGACUACGUCAAACAUUCAUAAAAUAAAGCUUGGAGCAUUCAAAAUUUUACUAUAUAAUGCAAUAAAAUAUGAAACAAAUAUAAAAUUACAUAAAGCCUUUUGCAUUUGCUCAAUAAUUUUGAGUACGAAGAAUGUGUUAUAAAAUCGUCAGAAUAAGAUUGAAGUAAAUGACAGGCAACUCCCAAAUCCACUUCAACUACUCCAAAGGCAAUCAUUUGGCCACUAUCUUUAAGGUGGGUUCAUACUGGCAAAACUGUUCUGCAAUUUGUAAAGGAUGUAUACUAGCGCUCCUCACCUGUGUUAUUUUCAUGGUAUUGAGACGUUCCUUUUUUGGGGGAUUGGGAGUAUAUUUUUUAGUAGGUCUAUACCAAGUAUAUUUGGGUUUGAAAUGGGGAUGUUGCUAUGCUUAGAUUAGUGUACACCCUUCUGGAACAGAUCUCUAAAACUAACAACUUCAUAU